AUGGCUUCUGGGAGUACUGGUAGCAGUGCCACUACUACUACUGGAACUGGCUCUCCUUGUGGAGCAUGCAAGUUUCUGAGGAGGAAGUGUGCCUCUGAUUGCAUAUUUGCUCCGUACUUUUGCUCCGAACAAGGGCCUGCCCGAUUUGCUGCCAUUCACAAAGUGUUUGGGGCUAGCAAUGUCUCCAAGCUCUUGCUUCAUGUCCCUGUCCAUGAUCGAUGUGAAGCUGUUGUCACAAUUGCCUAUGAAGCUCAAGCUCGGAUUAGAGACCCCGUUUAUGGAUGUGUUGCUCACAUUUUCGCCUUGCAGCAACAGGUGGCGUGCUUACAAGCACAAUUGAUGCAAGUGAAGGCACAAGUGGCUCAUCAAAGCCUUAUGGAUUCAAGAGCCAUGGAGAGUCAAUGGCAGGGGAAUAUGAAUGGAGUGACAAACUUUCCGAGUUACCCGAGUUACAUGAAUCCUAUUUCUCCUCAGAGCUCGCUGGAUUCCAUUGAUCACAGUAGCAAUGAAGCUAUGAAUUAUAUGCAAGAGAUACAAAGCAGCAGCAGAUCAGAGGAAUUUGCAUUCCAAGCUUCUUCUAAGAAGAGAGCAUAUAACGGCACUGACUUGGGUGAGCUUCAAGCACUGGCCGUCCGAAUGAUGAGGAACUGAUAAAACAGCAUGAUCCAUCCAAGAAUAUAUAUGACGGUGAUGAAUCUAUGAUCUAAUUCAAACGUGCUAUGCCCCAAUGAUGUAUAUAUUGAGCCUCUCGUUUUGUUUGUUUGGAGAAAAACAAAUGAGCGCAACUAAUCCGGCCUAA